AUGGCGCCCCCGAGCAAGGCGUGCGCGACGCGGCUCACGCGCGAGCUCAGGCAGUUCCGCGCCGCGCCGCCGCCGCUCGCGCCCAGGGUGCACGUCGACGACGGCGACCUCCUCGAGUGGUUCGUCCUGAUCCAGGGCGCGCACGACACGCCGUACGAGCGCGGUUGGUACGUGAUGAAGAUUAAGUUCAAGCCGACGUAUCCGUUCGCGGCGCCCGCUGUGAGCGUUCUGACGCCGAACGGACGGUUCGCGGAGAAUCAGUCGAUAUGCAUGUCGAUGACGGAGUGGCAUCAGGAGAGCUGGAACCCGGCGUGGUCGUCGCAGGCGAUCGUGACGGGAUUCAUCAGUUUCAUGAGCGCAAACGAGCACACGAGCGGAGGGGUGCGGACGACGGACGAGGAGAAGAAGCGAUUGGCGGCGGCGUCGCUGGCGUGGAACGCGGCGCAGCCAGGAUUGGUGAAGAAGUUUCCAGAGCUGGCGGACGCGGAAGCGAUGAAGGCGUUGGAGACGGCGAAGCCGAGGUGA